UAGUCCUUAAGUGAGGUCGGCUUUCGCGUACUGCUAAAUAGCGGUUUUGCCCCCCCCCCCCCCCUCCCUGAACAGUUUUUACUCGAAAUAUUAUGUCAGAUUCUCGUCGUCGUCGAAAAACUCCUCAUUCUGGUGAUUCAGAUGAACUUUCAGACUCCUAUGACGAGUUGAAUGUAACAAAGGAGACUCAGAUGGAGCAGGUGAAAGAAACAAUGGGGGAAAGAAGGAAAAACGUGAAUAACUUGAGUAGUGAAGCGAUUGAAGAUCAUCAUGAUUCAGAGUAUGGUACCGCUGGAAGUGAAUCUGAGACUGAAUCGCAAGAAGGUGUUUUGCGAGAAAGUGGAGAUGGUCAAGAGGAAGAAAAGCCACAGAAGAAAUUAGACGACGAUGAGGAUCGACGAAAUCCACAGUACAUUCCAAAACGCGGCACUUUUUACGAACACGACGAUCGAACAGCGGAGGAGGUUGCCGGAGGAGAAAAAGCUAUCGAACCCCAAGUUGAACGAGAAACUAAAGAAAAAAAGGUGUGGAAGGAUAAGGAAGAUAAAUGGAAUCAUGAUAGGUACAAUGACGAAGAACAGGCUCCAAAAAGUCACGAGGAAUUAAUAGCUAUUUACGGCUAUGAUAUAAGAAAUGAAGAAGGUCCACCGAGGGCAAGAAGAAGAAGGCGAUAUGGACGUGGUCCUAAUAAAUAUACAAGAAACUGGGAAGAUGAAGAUGCUUAUGGAAAAGUAGCUGGAUCUACACCUAAUAAAAGUAGCGGCCGUAAAUCUGACAGAAGUAAUGAAGAAUUUCCAGCUCUUGAUGACAGUAAUAAAGAUUCACCGAAGCCAGAAGAACCAGUAAUAUCUUCUGCCUGGUAUAGUAAUAAAUCAAAAUCACCAGGUAAGGUGAAUUUCCCACCUUUGGUGCCGCAGCAGGAUGGUCAUAAAUCGAACCAGAACAGCGCGCAGAGCAGUAAAUUAAACGAGAACAAAAUUCCGGCGGAAGUGAUAAAUCAGACAUGGAAGAGGGAAAACAAGCAAGCUUCUCAAAUUCAGAGUUCUAAUGGAAACACAGGCUGUAAAGAUAUAGAUAAACCAGUAAGAGGAAAAGCCUUACCUCGAGAUAGUAACAAGAGAAAUGUUCAAGAAUCGGCGAGUCUUGCAGCGAGCAGAGUACGUGGACGUGGCUUUAAAGCGAAUACUAAUAACAAUAUAGUCGGUAAUCAAGGAAUCGACUCGAAGCAAAAAGGACGUGGGCCUGGAAUAAUGAACCCAGGUAAUAGACGAGUUAAUGCUGCGCGUUAUGACGAUGAGCAUCAACUAGCUAACGAUGUUAAACAUAUGAACAUUGCUGAAUCUGCGUUUAAUCAUUCAAGUGUUAGACAGAAUAAACACUUUCAAAUACAAUCAACCAGUCAAGAAAGUUCAACUGCAAUUCCACCGCGGUUGCAACAAUCACGUUCACAACAACCGACGCAUCAACAGCAAGUGCAUUCUCCACCACCUCCGGCACCUCAGGAUGGAAUUGGAAAUCGACCAAAACGAUACUCGAGUCUUCGACAACGACCUCCUAUCACGGAAGGACCGGGGCAGUCAAAUUAUCAAGCACCACAUGCGCCACACACAUACUAUCCAACUCAAGGGUAUCCUCAAGGUCCUUUCGAACAACCUUCACCCGUGGCACCAUCUACUGCUCCGAUGGCUGGACAACCAGUUAUCCCGUUGCCAGCAGCUCCUCAACCGCCUACUUAUGCACAACCCCCACCAUUUCUGGUUCCUCCGCCACAGUUUAUGCCACCACAAACAGCUCCACCGAGUAUAAUUAACUUCGUAUCAGGACCUAAUGGUCCACCAUUUCAACCGAACUUUCAAGGCUAUCAGGGAUAUACACCUACUUCGGUACCGCCCCAAGGACCACCGCCGCAAGAAUUGUUCCAGCCUCAAGGAUGUACAUACUACAGCCCUGCGCAGCAACAUCAGCAACAACAACCUGUGAGGCGACCGAAAGCUGCAAUUCCUAUUCUCCCACCACCUGAUAAUCAGCAACAGUUUCAAACCCCUAGGGGUCGGGGUAAAAAUAAGCCACAACAGCAACAUAAACAUAAUGAGUUUCAGCAACAUUAUCAAGAUGUCCGACAGGAACAACAACAGGAGUUCCAUCAGAAGCAUCAACAAGAAUUUCUGCAGCAGUUAAAACAUCAAGAAAUCUUGCAGCAGCAACAACAUCAAGAUGAGUUGCAGGUCAAGAAUCAAUUAGAGCUCAAGCAACCUAAACUACAACAAGAGCUGGAACAGCGUCAACUUGAAGAGGCGCAACCGCAUCAACAGGAGACUGAAUUACAUCAACAGGAGCACCAACCCGAUGUGCAACAUCAUGUAACGCAGAAACUUCAAUGGCUGACAGAACAACCUCAAGAAGGAUUGCAACAACAUGUCCGGAAGGUACAUGAACAACAUUUUGUGGUUGGACAAGAGCAGGAGGUGCAACAAUCUCGGCAGGAAGUACAGCAGCAAAAGAUGAAUUUCUCUGAGCCUCUCACUUCGCAGAAAAUCGAAAUAGAAGAUCAAGUCCAGCCAGUUGAUGUAUCUCUGUAUAAUGACAAGGAAAAAUUCAAAAUUAUACAAACUGAACAACUCGAGAAGGUAAAUGUACAAAAAAACCGUCUUAAAAUAGUACCAGAGGUUCUAGAAAAAAUGGAGGGAAAGUCGAUAGACAUCACUGUUAAAAGUAGAGAAACUUCAGAAGUGGUGGAUUCAGUAAAUGAAGCACCUGUCAAGUUGAAUGCUCUAGUUGUUGAUGAAACCGUAACUCCUAGUAGAGAAAAUAUUUUGAUGAAAGGAGAGUCCGAAAGCACAGCUCUUAAAAGCCCGUUUGUCGAAGAAGCUGCUGCGUAAGAAGUUCCAUAUAGCUUUUCAAAAAAAGAUAUGUAUUUCAAUUACUUAAAAUGGUUUUAUUCCGACGUAAGAGUACAUUUUUGCUUUACGAUAACUUCGCGGUAAGAAAAUGUAUGUCUUCAUAAUAUUUCUAAGUUUGAAGUGUAAUCUAAAUUAAAAUUUCAGGAAGAUGUUUUUAUUGAGCUAAGUUACUUAUAUAAUUAAAGAAAUAGUUAUGAUGACAAGAAACAAACUCAAUCUUACUUUUUUAAAUGGGAUUUUUUAAAUCCUAUCAAUAAUUUUAUUGUUAUAUUUAAAAAUAUAUUUAUGUCAAAAUGUUAUACCUUAGAAUUUUGUAAAACAAAUAACUGAAUUGGUCAUUUAAAUAUUUUAAUCACAUUCUUUAUACUCGUAUUCGUAACAUUCGUAUUAGUAUAAUCGUUGCAACGAAAAUUGGCCAACUUUGGUUCAAAUUGUUAAGAAUGCAUAAAACUUGGUGCGUUUCUUCUUUUCGACCAAAAAAAAAUUUUAUAUGGGGCGUAUGGGAUGCUAAACAUUUUUUCAAAUUUUUUUAUUUAAAAAACAGAAUGCAGUUAUUAAAAUCAGGUUUUUUAAAAAAUGAUUAAAAUAAUGAAAAAUUUUUUUUGCUUCUUAUGGACGCUUUCUCAUUGUUUUGAAAUAUACAAAGUUUCUAGUCGAAAGUUAAUAAAAUAUCGGCCGUUUUUAUGGAAAUCAAGCUCUUUUUUUAAUAAAAAAUAUGUCUGGAUG